GGAAUAUAUGCUAAAAUGUUACAUAUGUUUUUUUCCCAGUGGUUUCUUGAUCGUAUGGCUGAUGAUGACUGGUGGCCUAUGCAGAUUUUAAUUAAAUGCCCCAAUCAGAUUGUAAGACAGAUGUUUCAGCGUUUGUGCAUUCAUGUGAUUCAGCGGCUCAGGCCAGUCCAUGCUCAUCUCUACCUACAGCCAGGACUAGAAGACUGUUCAGAUGACAUGGAUGGUCCUGUGGAAGAUAUUGGUAGUCGCUCAUGUGUGACUCGUUUUGUGAAGACCCUAUUGUCAAUUAUGGAACAUGGUGUUAAACCUCACAGUAAACAUCUCACAGAAUACUUUGCCUUUCUUUAUGAAUUUGCCAAAAUGGGAGAAGAGGAGAGCCAGUUUUUGCUUUCUCUGCAAGCAAUUUCAACAAUGGUUCAUUUCUACAUGGGAACUAAAGGUCCUGAAAAUCCCCAAGUUGAGGUACUAUCAGAAGAAGAAGGAGAGGAGGAGGAGGAGGAGGAAGACAUUCUUUCUUUAGCAGAAGAAAAAUAUAGGCCUGCUGCACUUGAAAAGAUGAUUGCUCUGAUAGCCCUUCUGGUAGAACAGUCUCGAUCAGAGAGGCAUUUGACUUUAUCCCAAAAUGAUAUGGCAGCAUUAACUGGAGGCAAGGGUUUUCCUUUCUUAUUCCAACAUAUUCGGGAUGGAAUCAAUAUUAGGCAGACCUGCAAUCUUAUUUUCAGUCUUUGUCGAUAUAACAACAGGCUUGCAGAACAUAUCGUAUCCAUGCUUUUCACAUCGAUAGCCAAGUUGACUCCUGAGGCAGCCAAUCCUUUUUUCAAGUUGUUAACUAUGCUUAUGGAAUUUGCUGGUGGACCUCCAGGAAUGCCACCAUUUGCAUCAUAUAUUCUCCAAAGGAUAUGGGAGGUGAUUGAGUACAACCCAUCUCAGUGUCUGGAUUGGCUGGCAGUGCAGACACCACGAAAUAAGCUUGCUCACAGUUGGGUCCUGCAGAAUAUGGAGAACUGGGUAGAACGCUUUCUUUUGGCUCAUAACUAUCCAAGAGUGAGAACCUCUGCAGCUUAUCUUCUGGUCUCUCUUAUUCCAAGCAAUUCAUUCCGACAAAUGUUCCGAUCCACCCGUUCACUCCAUAUCCCUACUCGAGAUCUUCCUCUUAGUCCAGAUACCACAGUUGUUCUUCAUCAAGUGUAUAAUGUGUUGCUUGGACUGCUCUCAAGAGCUAAGCUUUAUGUUGAUGCUGCUGUGCAUGGAACAACUAAACUGGUACCCUACUUCAGUUUUAUGACUUACUGCUUGAUCUCCAAAACAGAAAAACUAAUGUUUUCUACUUAUUUCAUGGAUUUAUGGAACCUCUUUCAGCCUAAACUUUCUGAGCCUGCUAUUGCUACCAACCAUAAUAAGCAGGCCCUGCUCUCUUUCUGGUACAAUGUCUGUGUUGACUGCCCUGAGAACGUGCGCCUUAUUGUGCAGAAUCCAGUGGUGACCAAGAACAUUGCCUUCAAUUACAUCCUAGCAGAUCAUGAUGACCAGGAUGUGGUGCUUUUUAACCGUGGGAUGCUACCUGCCUACUAUGGCAUUCUGCGACUAUGCUGUGAGCAAUCCCCUGCAUUUACCAGACAGUUGGCUUCUCAUCAAAAUAUCCAGUGGGCAUUUAAGAAUCUCACACCACAUGCCAGCCAAUAUCCUGGGGCAGUGGAAGAACUGUUUAAUCUCAUGCAACUCUUCGUAGCUCAGAGGCCUGAUAUGAGAGAGGAAGAACUGGAAGACAUUAAGCAAUUUAAAAAAACGACUAUAAGCUGUUACCUUCGCUGCUUAGAUGGGCGGUCAUGCUGGACUACUUUAAUAAGUGCCUUCCGAAUAUUAUUAGAAACUGACGAGGAUCGGCUUCUUGUCAUAUUUAACAGAGGCUUAAUCCUGAUGACUGAGUCCUUCAAUACACUGCACAUGAUGUACCAUGAAGCCACAGCUUGCCAUGUAACUGGAGAUCUGGUUGAGCUUCUGUCCAUAUUUCUUUCCGUCCUGAAAUCCACUCGUCCAUAUCUGCAAAGAAAAGAUGUGAAACAAGCCCUUAUCCAAUGGCAGGAGCGGAUAGAAUUUGCCCAUAAACUUUUAACUUUGUUAAAUUCCUACAGUCCUCCAGAACUUAGAAAUGCUUGUAUAGAUGUCCUCAAAGAACUGGUGCUGUUAAGCCCUCAUGAUUUUCUGCACACUUUAGUUCCUUUUCUUCAGCACAACCAUUGCACAUACCAUCAUAGCAACAUACCAAUGUCUCUUGGCCCUUAUUUCCCAUGCCGUGAAAAUCUGAAGUUGAUAGGAGGCAAAAGUAAUAUCCGCCCACCUCGCCCUGAACUUAAUAUGUGCCUUUUGCCUACAAUGGUAGAAGCUAACAAGGGUAAAGAUGAAGUUUAUGACCGAAUGCUACUAGAUUACUUUUUUUCAUACCACCAGUUUAUCCAUCUUUUAUGCCGAGUUGCCAUCAACUGUGAGAAAUUCACAGAAACCUUAGUGAAAAUGAGUGUUCUUGUUGCAUAUGAAGGCUUACCUCUUCAUCUAGCUUUGUUUCCCAAACUUUGGACUGAACUUUGUCAAAGUCAGUCUUCCAUGUCAAAGAAUUGCAUCAAGCUCCUGUGUGAAGAUCCUGUGUUUGCAGAGUAUAUUAAAUGCAUCCUAAUGGAUGAGAGGACAUUUCUUAACAACAACAUUGUUUACACUUUCUUAACUCAUUUCCUUCUCAAGGUACAAGGACAAGUAUUUUCGGAAGCAAAUUGUGCUGGAAUAAUCAAUAAUCUGAUUACAAAUUUGAUCAACCAGUAUCAGAAUCUGGAAUCAGAAUUUGCCAAUCAGCGAGUUGAAAUUUUUAAAGCAAGUUCCACUUUAAAUGGGGACCUUCGAGCUCUCACUUUACUGCUUUCUGUGCACACCCCCAAACAGUUGAAUCCUGCCCUAAUACCUACUUUGCAAGAGCUAUUAAACAAAUGCAAAACUUGUCAACAACAGAAAAGCUCUUUGCAGGAACAAGAAGCCAAAGAACGAAAAACUAAAGAUGAUGAGGGAGCUACUCCAGUAAAAAGAAGACGGGUUAGCAGUGAUGAGGAGCAUACGGUAGACAGUUGCAUCAGCGAUUUGAAAAACGAACCUAGGGAAGCUUUGACUCCAACCAGCACCUCAGAUAAUGAGACAAGAGACUCCUCCAUCAUUGACCCAGGCACUGAACAGGACCUGCCUUCCCCUGAAAAUAAUUCUAUUAAGGAGUACCGUAUGGAGGUUCCCUCUUCAUUUUCUGAAGAUAUGAUGCUAGCUACUCAUUCACACCAUGGGGAGGAGCAGCUGGGCAGUGGGAGAUUUGAAGAAUGUAAAGAUCUGAAAGAGCCGUCAAGUUCCAAGGAUUCUCACAUUAUUGAGGAUGAUACAGAAUUCCCCUCCACAUCUAUUUCUGCUGUUCUUUCUGACCUCACAGAUUUGAAGAACUCUGAAAGUCAAGCUUCCCAGGACCCUGAGUCUGGCUUAUCACUUAGUUGCAGCCAUUCCAGAGGACUGUUGAGUCACAUGCAGCAGCAACAUCAAGACAUUUUAGACAUCCUUUGCAGGACCAUUGAAUCAACAAUUCAUGUGGUUACAAGGAUAUCUGGCAAAGGAAACCCAGCUGCUUCUUGACAGUAGAGGAGCAUGCGUGCUUUUAAAGUCUUUUUUUUCUCCCUUUUAAAAAUACUGUUUGUAUAAGUUCUGCUUAUUUCUGUUUUGUGCUUCAGUUUGUCCAGUGCUUUCUGCUUGAAUGGCAAGAUGAAAUUUAUAUGCUUAAUUGGUCAGGCAGAACUUCAAAUUAAAAAAAAAUAUUUUGCAUCUACCGUAUGUUUUCUUAAAGGGCAAUCAAAUAAUGAAUAUGUUUAUGUAAUUCAAAGUUCACUGUGGUGGCUUUCAUUUAAUAUGCCUGUCUGGGAGAGCAGGGACUCUUUGCCCUGUAUGACGUAAUUGAAAAUUAACUGCAUUUUUACAGUGUAUAAUAAAUAUGGUGUCCUCUGUGCCAGUUUUGUACCUUACAAAAGAGGCAGCUUGCCUCCAAUUGCUGUGGUUCUUAUUAUCAAAAUUAAGUUUACUUGUAUACUAAACAACCACAAAAAAUUGAUUCUAUAAAGAAUCCUCUUUAGCUGUGGCCUGACAGUAUACACACAUACAAAUACACACACACACACACAAAUGAAUAU